CUCUGUGCCACCCCAACCCCCCCCCCCCCCCUCCACGGAACAUCUCAACUCUCCAGAAAUGGCAGUGCAAUAUCUUGAUUUCCCAGAAAAUUCAUUGAAUUUGCAUAAAUUUAAAAAGCAACCCCAAAAAAUUACAAAUUUAAAAUCCUUUUGGGCCUUCCUAUUAUCUAUUUUCAUCUACAUUUCAAUAUUUUAUAUUUUUAACCUCUCCCCUUCCACUGUUUUAAGUACCACCAAAUUCUGGUUUUUUAUAUCAAACACCAUUAUUCUCAUCAUUGCAGCUGAUUUUGGCUCUUUCUCUGCAUCAAAAGAGAAUGAUUUUUUCGAAGACUACUUUAAAAAUGCUAGAACAAGAAAUAUUUCAUCUGUCAGAACUCAAAAAAUCCCAUAUGAUCAAAAGGAGGAUAUAACUGAUCCGAAAUUACCCGAAGAAAAGAUUAUAGAAAUGGCAGUGCAUGUACCUGUGCCGCUGCCAGUGGCUCAUAAGACUACUGAAACUAAGGAAGAAGAUAAACAGAUAAUUAUAGCCAACGAGAACGUCGAGAACUUGAAUGAAAAAAGGCAAGAAAUUGAUCAGAAAAAUGGAGCUGGCCAAGAGAAGGAGAAGAAGAAGAAAGCAAAAUGCGUUCGCUUUAAUUCUGAGAAAAUAUUGAUCGCUGCAGAGGAAGAAGAAAAAUUUGUCUUGCAGAGGUCACUGUCUGAUAUGGAUGAAGGGAGGGUCGAAGAAAAUGAGUUUUCAGCCAUGUCGGACGAGGAACUGAAUAGAAGAGUUGAGGAGUUUAUUCGAAGGUUUAACAGACAGAUUAGGGAUCAGGCAGUCAAAAAUAAGCAUUGAUAGUUUUAGGAAAAUGAUAUUUCCAGAAUCUGAAUGUAUUUUGCUGUCCCUGUUUUUCAUUUUGUUUAUCUUGUCUUUGUUAUUUUCAGUGGCGGGCUGUAAAUUGAAGGUUGGUUUUAUGUCGAGAAAUUAAUAAUCAUGAGGAGUUCGAACUACUA